AUGGGUCCCAAGAAAAAGUCAGCUGUAAGAUUUGCAGAAACUACAGAAUCGUUCAAAGAACGACAAGAAAGAUUGCAGACAGGAGAUGUGAACCUUUCUAAAUCUCACGUGUUAUCGGAAAGUAUUGUGUCAGAUAUUCCUGAAGAUUUGACGCAGAAAAAUCACAGAAAUGAGCCAGAUGAUGGAUUUUCUGCCCUACUGGAACCAUUUUAUGCCGGCAAAAGUUUAACCGAUCCUAUUAAUACUGCUAAGGAUAAAUGGAACUUAUUACCCGCUUUUCUAAAGGUAAAGGGUCUUGUUAAGCAGCAUAUUGACUCUUUCAACUACUUCGUCGAACACGAAAUUAAGGAUAUUGUCAAAGCGAACAAAGAAGUUACCAGUGAUGUUGACAGUAAUUUCAAGCUUGAGUACACUGAUGUCUAUGUCGGAAAUCCAGAACGAUUGGAUUAUGAUGAUAGGAGAUCUGUAAAUGAGAUAACUCCAAACGAAUGCCGUCUUAGGGAUAUGACUUAUGCCGCACCUAUCAGAGUUGAUGUUAAGUAUCUACGAGGAAAGUCCAUGGUAUUCAGGAGGGGUGUUCCAAUAGGCAGGUUACCUAUUAUGUUAAGAAGUUCCAAAUGCCGUCUUGCAGGAAAAAAUGACCGCGAAACAGCGUAUAUGAAUGAAUGUGCAUUGGAUCCGGGAGGGUACUUUAUCGUCAAUGGCACCGAAAAAGUUAUUUUAGUGCAGGAACAGUUGAGCAAGAACAGAGUAAUAGUAGAGACAGAUCCGAAAAAGGGCAUCGUAUCUGCAUCAGUCACAAGCUCAACUCAUGAGCGUAAGUCUAAAAGCUAUGUCAUUUUGAAAAAAGAGAGGAUUUAUUUGCAGCAUAAUAUUCUACAAGAACCAAUUCCUAUUGUAAUCGCACUCAAGGCAUUGGGUGUACAAUCCGAUCAUGAGAUGUUACUUUUGGUCGCAGGCACAGAUAGUACUUAUCAGGACGAAUUUGCUGUGAACUUUGAGGAAAGCUCUAAAGUUGGUGUUUUCUCGCAACAUCAAGCUUUAGAAUAUCUUGGAAGUAGAGUGAAGCAAGGAUCCCGUCAAAAGCAACAAGGUGCGAUGCCACGAAGAUCUCAGAUAAGUGAGGCAAUAGAUGCUCUUGCCAAUAUAAUCAUAACUCAUGUUCCGGUGCAUGGACUGGAUUUCCGGCCUAAAGCUCUUUAUGUUUGCUUUAUGGUUCGACGCAUUCUGAUGGCUAUGCAGGAUCCAAAACUUGUCGAUGACCGAGACUACGUAGGGAAUAAGAGGCUUGAACUCGCCGGGCAACUAUUAGCCCUUCUAUUUGAAGAUCUAUUUAAGCGAUUCAACUCUGAUUUGAAAAUGAAUAUUGAUAAAGUUCUGAAGAAACCAAAUCGCACUAUGCAAUUUGACGCUUACACACAUUUACAAUCAGGGGGUAACACCAUAACUCAAGGCAUGUCUCGAGCCAUUUCUACUGGAAACUGGACUGUCAAAAGAUUCAAGAUGGAAAGAGCUGGUGUUACUCACGUUCUCAGUCGGCUAAGCUACAUCAGCGCCCUUGGGAUGAUGACACGAAUUAGUAGUCAAUUCGAAAAGACGCGUAAGGUUAGCGGACCACGUGCCCUACAACCGUCACAAUUUGGCAUGCUUUGUCCAUCUGACACGCCUGAAGGAGAAGCCUGUGGUCUUGUAAAAAACUUAGCCCUUAUGACACAUAUUACUACAUACGAUGAUGAAGAACCUAUCAAGAAAUUGAUUUUUGUUCUUGGCGCAGAAGACAUCGUUUCUAUGAGUGGCAAAGAGAUAUAUGAAAAGGGGGCGUACGUAGUAUUUAUCAACGGAACACCGAUUGCCCUAACAAGACAACCAAAAUCUUUUUUUAUCGCCUUCCGAAAAUUCAGACGAACGGGUAGAAUAUCGGAGUUUGUGAGCAUAUUUAUAAAUCAUCAUACAAAUGCUGUUCAUAUUGCCACAGACGAAGGCAGAAUCUGCCGUCCUCUCAUUGUAGUUGAAAAUCAACAGUCAAAAGUUUCUAGAAGACAUCUUCAAGCUUUGCGUCAAGGUACAAUGGAAUUUGAUGACUUCCUUUAUAAAGGUCUUGUCGAAUAUGUUGAUGUCAACGAAGAAAAUGAUUCAAAUAUUGCUCUCUAUGAGACUGAAAUAAACGAAAAUACUACUCAUUUAGAAAUUGAACCUUUCACUAUCUUAGGGGCUGUUGCAGGUCUAAUACCAUACCCCCACCAUAACCAGUCCCCUCGAAAUACCUACCAAUGUGCCAUGGGCAAGCAAGCUAUUGGCGCUAUUGCAUAUAAUCAGUUUUCUCGUAUUGAUACUUUACUUUACCUCAUGGUCUAUCCUCAUCAGCCGAUGGUAAAGACUCGAACUAUUGAGCUUAUCAAGUAUGAUAAGCUGCCGGCUGGUCAGAAUGCUACAGUAGCUGUUAUGUCAUACUCUGGAUACGACAUUGAAGAUGCGCUUGUCCUGAAUAAAGCUUCCUGUGACCGUGGGUUUGGUCGCUGCCAAGUAUUUCGGAAGCAUUCAACUCAGUUACGAAAAUACCCUAACCGCGCAGAGGAUCGACUCGGUGAUCGUGAAAUGGAUGAAAAGUUUCCAGACCAACCUAUUGCUAAACACGCAAUCCUGGGACACGAGGGAGUCGCUAUGCCCGGUGAGAAAGUCGAAUCUGGUCAAGUCUUUCUCAAUAAACAAGUACCUCUAAAUACAUCCUCAACAGGUAUAGGGUCUGACCAUAGAAUAAAUGAUUACAAGCCAGCGCCCAUGAGUUACCGUCUACCAGAUUUCUCCUACAUCGAUAAAGUAAUGGUUUCUCAGACCGAGACUGAUGCAAUGGUUAUCAAGGUACAGACACGCCAGACGCGUCGACCUGAACUAGGCGACAAGUUUUCUUCUCGUCACGGACAAAAAGGAGUAGUUGGCAUAAUUGUAAACCAAGAAGAUAUGCCUUUCUCCGACUCAGGAAUCUGCCCUGAUAUUAUAAUGAAUCCUCACGGUUUCCCUUCUCGAAUGACUGUUGGAAAAAUGCUUGAACUUCUUUCCGGAAAAGCUGGUGUUUUAAAUGGGAGUCUUGAGUAUGGUACUGCGUUUGGAGGUUCCAACGUAGAUGAUAUGGGCGCAAUUCUCGUCAAACACGGCUUUUCUUACUCUGGAAAAGACUUUGUUACUUCAGGUAUUACUGGAGAAUCUUUACCAGCAUACAUAUUUUUUGGGCCGAUCUAUUACCAAAAGUUGAAGCAUAUGGUUCAGGAUAAGAUGCAUUCCCGCUCGCGAGGCCCACGAGCUAUCCUCACACGCCAACCAACCGAGGGACGCUCUCGCGAUGGUGGUCUCCGCCUUGGUGAAAUGGAACGCGACUGUUUGAUCGCAUAUGGAGCUAGCCAGCUGCUUCUAGAAAGGUUAAUGAUUAGUAGUGAUAGACACGAAGUAGAAAUUUGUGAGGUAUGUGGACUCAUGGGUUAUAAGGGUUGGUGUCAAACAUGUCAAAGCACCCGUGGCGUUCAAAAAAUGGUUAUGCCGUACGCUGCAAAGCUCUUAGUCCAAGAAAUGCUCAGUAUGAAUGUUCUUGUACGCUUAAAGUUAGAGGACGAGUUUCCACAUCCCAAAUAG